AUGCAACACAUAUCGCCAACAUGCUCCAAAUGCACUCCACCACAUACACCCCCCAGUGGAUCUCCAUUGAAGCCAGCUGUGGAGGACAAACAGACCUUGCAGCAGCUAUGUGGAUGCCUAGGAAACUGUGCAACAUUCCCCGAGACACCCUACCCACCACAAAACUACUAUACAACAUAUGGGACAACCACAGGACCGCAUUUUGCCCAGCCAGACCGUGGUCGAUGGCAACGCCACCAAAAACGAUCGCACUCCAUAACAACACAUUCCCUUACAGAGCAUGGCAAGCCCACAACAUCACACACCUACACCAAAUCUGCACCGAAAAAGGCCCACUCCCGCUCUUAA